UCGAGUAACAACAUUUGCAUCCAGUCUGCUUACGCCUCUCUACCACGUUUCAGAUAAAUCUUUAAUACUCUGUACCAUGUGUACACAAAACUGGAAUCGCUAUAGCUGCCGCCACUUGAUAUUUGCCGGUUGGAGUGAGUGCGACGAAAGAGGGUUUGACCAUUGUCCAAACCUCGCCAACAACACUACGACAAAGGCUGUCAAAUGUCCCGAGUGUUCAUAUGCCACACCCCCGGAUUCUUCAGAUUGAUUUGACGGUCAAUGCACCCCCAACCUAACAUUUUCGGAGCUACACUGCUAUCCAUCGGCUGGACAACGUCUCAUCAAUCACGGCCAUGGCAAGACGAAUCGUGGUAAGGUGUCAGUCGCACUCGAUCCCCGGCACGCCAGUACAAAGGAAGGACGCAAUGGCAAACUUGAUAUGCCAACACGAGUGGAAUAGAAACUCGAACCAGGACGAUUUUUUCACUUGCCUGGGUCGAUACGACGCAGAAAACGUCAAGUGUUAUUUUCUUCUGGACAGUGGCUCCGUCGGGUCCCAUACUCCAGAUGUCACGUUAUACAAAUGGGAUGGAAAGAGGUUUGAGCCAAAACAAGUCUAUCCCGCGGUCGCUCGGUACCUUGAACACAUUCCAUUUGGUGGAGAGGGAACAGGACAGGGUCUAUCCGACGAGGAGUAUCUUUCAAAGUACGGUCGAAAAGAGUUUGAGGGCAUGGUCUUGCAAAGGUCCGAGCAAGAGCAGAGACGUCGGGUAGCUGGAGAUUGUACCGCAAAGGUCGAAACGCUUCAGCAAGACGUGGAAACACUGUAGCCACAGUCGAGAGCGACCAGUCGGUGGUAGGAACACAGGCCGGCGUGCCAUGGAUGAAGCAGCAUGGAAUACCUUGCGCUUCGAAGACCGUUGUAGGC